UUAAAAUUUUUAAAUUAGUGGAUAGCAACUCGCUCAUGCUCUUGUGGGUAUUCUUGGGGUUUUUGGUAAUGGGGUUUUAGUUCUUAGGUGUUUUAACAUUGUGUCUGCUAUGUGUAUGCCAUAGUCAAUUGAUUUUAUGUCUGUUUGGUUGCUGAAGACUCAGGAUGAGAAUAGGGAUAUGAACAAAGCGUUUUCCUUUACCUAGGAAAAAUGAGAGAAAUUCAAACAAAUUAAUGAAAUCAAAGUGUUUGUGCAAUCAUGUUUGUGAUUAUUAAAAGGAGAAACUGAUGGCUUGCAUAUAAUUUGAGUGCUGUUUGGGAGGACAGCUUGGAAAAAUGAGUAAUCCUCUUGUAAGACAUCCAACUCCAAGCGCAGGACAUGAGGUCCCUAGCGCUUAUGGGGAAGGCCCGUCAAAGCAACAUACCAGGCACUGCGGGUGCAAGAGCAAUUUCCUGAUGAAGGGUGAAGGAAGAGUUUGUGGGGAGAAAGCUGAGUGCCGUAUCUGUCAAGAGAUGGACUUCACAAGUAAAGUGGAAUCCCCAUGUGCUUGUAAGGGAACAAUCAAGUUUGCUCACAGGAGCUGUGUUCAAAGAUGGUGUGACGAGAAAGAAGAUGUUACUUGUGAAAUUUGCCAUCUGGUGUGAAAUGAAAUUGGCAACUGAAAUGUUCAUUACCAUCUUCCUUUAAGUUUGUAUAGAGUUUGUUCUUCAUGUCAAGAUUUCUGGAGAAGAAUCAUCGUAU